GUUGGUUCCUUCUUAACGUGCAUGAUUCGGUCUUGGAGGUGUUGUCAAAGUGGGACCCAUCAUGUUCAUUAGGUUCAUAACACCCUUGGCAUGGUCUCUUAAAUGCUCUGUGGAUACAGUCCCCGAUUCAUGGUUGCAACUGGCAAAAAAACUCCCCACAUGUUGCCAUUAAUGGCCCUGAAAUGAGCUUUCAGUAAGAAACAUUGAAAGAAAUUGAUGGGUUUGUGUUUUUGCUUUUGGAGCUGACGGUUCUAUAUAUUGAAUGCCUGGAAAUUCAAGUGAAUCAGAUUUUACGAGUUUCUGUUUAGCAAAUGGAUGAAGUAGAGAUUGAUGAAGGCAAAUCUUUGGCCAUAACCCCUACAUGGGCUUUGGCUACAGUUGUCACUGUUAUGGUUUGUUUUGGUUUCUUCUUCCAAGUCCUUUUAGAUCAGUUUGGAAAGUGGUUGGAUAAGACUAAGAGGAAAGCGCUACUUUCAGCUCUGGAAAAGAUCAAAGAUGAGCUAAUGCUUUUUGGGCUUCUGUCGUUGUUGAUGGGUCAUUGGGUUGUAAUGGUGGCCAAGAUUUGUGUCAAAACAUCUACGGUGAGCAGCAGAUUUUUCCCAUGUGCAGUAUAUGAUAAUCUAAAACCAGAAGAAGGCAGGUUUGAUUCAGCUUCAGGUUAUGCAAAUCAUUCCUCUGAUAGACAGGAGACGUACACACUGGUGCAUGGACAUGAUAAUUGCCCUGAGGGUCGCGAGUCUUUUGCUUCACAAGAAAGUCUAGAGCAGCUUCACCGUUUGAUGUUUGUCCUAGGCGUUAUCCAUGUCUUGUAUAGCUUUAUUGCCAUUGCCCUGGCAAUGAUUAAGAUUUAUAGCUGGAAAAUUUGGGAACAACAAGCUAGGAAAAUGGCGAUUCAGUGCGCUCCUGGUUCUUCUCAAGCUGCAUUGUUUAAUAGAAGACUCUCUCGAUUAACUACUUUCAUUUCCAACCGUACAUCCCAUCCAUGGAGCCGGCACAGCGUUCUUGUUUGGCUGCUCUGCUUCAGCCGCCAAUUCUGGAGCUCUAUAAACUAUGCUGAUUACAUGGCUUUGCGUUACGGAUUUGUCAAUACACAUGAACUUCCCUUGACUUAUGAUUUCCAUAAUUUUAUGCUUCGAAGCAUGGAGGAAGAAUUUCGUGAUGUUGUUGGCAUUAGCUUGCCUCUCUGGAUAUAUGCUAUAUGUUGCAUUUUUCUGGAUUUCCAUGAAACUAAAAUUUACUUUUGGAUCUCCUUUCUUCCGGCCAUUUUAAUACUGCUAAUUGGUACAAAACUUCACCGGGUAGUGGUCAAGUUGGCUGUUGAAAUUUUAGAUGCAGCUCCAAGGAUGGGAAAUCAUCAGUUAAACCUGAGGGAUGAGCUUUUUUGGUUUGGGAAGCCUAAACUUCUUUUGUGGUUAAUUCAAUUAAUAUCAUUUCAAAAUUCGUUCGAGAUGGCAGCAUUUGUAUGGUCCCUGUGGGAGAUCAGAGAUUCUUCUUGUUUCAUGAGUAAUGAACUGUUUGCUAUAAUCCGGUUGAUAUUCGGGGUAGUCACACAGUUCUGGUGCAGCUUCAUUACACUCCCACUCUAUAUAAUCAUCACACAGAUGGAUGCAAGGUUCAAGAAAGCUGUAGUAUCUGAAAAUGUAAGGCAAUCUCUACAUGGAUGGAAAAGGAGAGUGAGGGCCAGGAAUAGUUCCUCUUCUCUACACCACACUGGUGCAUCAUCUAAGUCCUCACUUAGUUCCACUUCUGCACACCUGAAAGGUUUAUUAUUCAGUUCCUCAAGUUCUGGCAAGCAUAAGAACAAAAACAAUGAUUCUGCCUCGAGCAGCAGGCAAGGAAACAACACAUCAGAAGUUCCAGAUACACCAAUCUCAAGUCAAGAGGCCUGUAAUCCACAAGCUAAUAAAAAUUUUCCUGGGAAUGAGCUUGAUGAUGGUAAUGAUAACGAUCACAGACACAGAAAUAUCAGAAAGGGAUAAAAAGAAUCAUUUGACAGCAUUGAAUUCCUUGUUUAAGUUCCCUUUUAUCGUGCCCUCUUUUAAAGAAAAUAUGAUAUGCAGAAAUGAGGUUUAAUUGAAGAUGUUCUCUAAAAUUACUCAACCUGCUAGGCAUGAUGGUGCUUUUGUUUUUUGAAAAGUUUGAAUGAAGUUGCAAUUAAGCUGUCUUGUUUUGUUU